AUGUAUAAUGGCGACGCCGAAGUUGAUCACCCUAUCAACAACAAGCGACACUCGCCGUGUCCCAUCCAACUGGGAACUGUUGGGGUGUUUGGGGGGUCUAGGGCAACAGAUUCACCAGCUAAAUCAGAAUCUGGGUGUAGGCAAUUGUCCAGGAGGAUUGGUAGUAUUACCAAAGCCAAACAGCCUGACGAUGACGAGGAGAAAAAACAUCCCGACUCUGCGUCUUCAAGACAAUCUGCUUUUUCCUCUCUGGUACCAAAAGAGGACCAGAAACGGACAACGUUGGAUUCUGACCACAAGUACUUGAACGAGGAUUUUCCUGAAAGGCAUUUCCUGUUUCAGAAGUGGAAUGGCGUGCCUGGCCCUCAGUGUGAAAACAAAGCUUUGUCCUUGGAUAUGAGAUUAUUAAAAAAAAACUCUGUAACUCGGGAUCCCAGACGUAUUCAAAGACUUCCGUUACACAAAGAACUCUUUCAAGGUGUGUCUAAACCAUUUGCUUUUGGUUCUUAUGAAGGAUUUCACCUGACUUCUGAGCCAGCAGUUUUCUUACCACCUUGUACCACAGCAAUUAGUGAAAAACAGCACUUGACUGUGGAUGAACACAAAAACAGAUCAAGCAAUAGAACAUCCAGUUUAUACUCAAUUCCUGGUAACCAAAAAUCUUGUGCCUACGCUGAUCCUGUCAGUGGAGCUUCGAGUCCUUUCAUUCAGAGGCUGUCAGAAAUACUUUCACUAGAAUCUGACACUGUGCGACAGGAGAAGAUGAAGAAGCUGAAGAAGAACAAGAAACAGGAGUCAUAAACAUGCUGUAUAAAACAGGCUCCACAGAUUCUACAGCAAUCAUAACUAUUACUUUGUUUUGCCAAAAUAUGCACUGGUGUUGAUUAAUAUUCUACAGCUUUCCAUAUCAGUGUUCAUUAAAGAAGUAUGUUUAAUGUACUUUAUAAAAUGACAGUUCAAAUCUUAAACUAUGGGACUAAGAUGCUGUUCUGUUAAUUAAGUUGGUCUCUCUCAAUCUUCCCUGAGAGCAUUCCUGUUGAACUACUUCAAAGACAUAGAUAUUGGUAACAGGGUUGUAAAUAUUUGAAUUGGGGAAUAGUUUAGAUUAUCUGCUGUGCUGACCUGCCAGUCUGGUCUAAA